CAAAUAGUAGCCUUCAUUUGUUAAACUUCAAUAUCUAGAACCUCGUAACCAACUCGUUGGGAGACUUAAGCGAACGGACGAAUCACUAUAACUAUACGAAAUGAGCGCAUUUGGAGCCAAGCGAAAAGCACGGAAGAUCACGGUUCAAGAUGACGACGAAGAUAUACUCUCAGCCGAAUCCUUAAAUCCACCAGAAGAACCCCAGGGACCACCAUUACAGCCCUCGUUCAAAACAAGUCGCAAUAAGCCAUUUAAGCACUCGUCUCUACGGAAGAGCAUAAAUGCCGAUAAGCUUGAAGAUGAUAUAGCCUCCGAUCAACAAUCCGUAUCUACAAAUACCAAUGCGGGAGCAGAAGACGACGAAGAUGGCGAUGUACCCCUACGAAUUCGACCGCCGCUAGGAGGAAGGUCGGGGUCUAGCAAGACGAAGAAAAGGGCAUCUAGCUCACGUCUAUCGUUUGGCGUUCCUACCGAGGAAACUCCCGGGGACGAUGAUUCCAUGAUACUUGGAGAGGAAGUCUUUACACCCAAACGCUCUACAACGCUCGCCCAUGCCGCAGCCGAAAACAGCGCUUACAAGAAGGGCAUUGCCAAAACCCUGCCUUUGGGCCGGCUUCCCAUGCGUUCCAACGAUACCGACGAUGGCCGUCCGCGAUAUAGCAAAGAAUACCUCUCCGAGCUGCAAGAAUCCACUCCGAAUACGCCCCAGGACCUUUCUAAACUACAACCUACUUCCGACGACGAGAUGAUACUCGACCCAUCCGAGCUCGAAGGCGCCCUAGUAGUAGACACCACAACAAUACACCCAACAUCUCCCAAGAAGACUCCGAUCUUAACCGAAGUUGAGAUCCAAGAGAAAAAAGCCCGACGCGCUCGCCUAGCCAAGGAAGGAAGUAAAGACACCGACGACUUCAUCUCGCUCUCUGACGACGACCGCGGGGCCGGGGACUCAUAUCUGACCAUCUUGUCGCGACGGCACGAGCCUAAAUCCACCAAAGACACGCGUCUAAUCGCCGAAGACGAGGACCUAGGCGAGGGCUUCGACGAGUUCGUCGAGGAUGGCGGGCUCUCCCUGGGCAAGAAAGCCGAGCGGGAAACCCGGCGGCGCCGCCGCGCAGAAAUGGCCUCCCUAAUUACGGCUGCCGAAGGGGGCUCAGACGACGAAUCAGACGACUCAGAAGCCGAGCGGCGGGCCGCGUACGAGGCGGCGCAGACACGCGCGGGAAUGGACGGGCUAGCCGAGGAGCGUGAGCAGCAGCGGCGACGUCUCGGUGCCGCGGCAAGUAAUCCGCUCGCGGUUAUACCCCGGAUUACGCCGUUGCCGGAUCUCAGCGUGCUAGUCGAGGAGUUUAAGGCGCGCAUGCGUCGGAAGCAAGAGGAGAUGGCGCGGCUGCGGGGGCGCAUUGAGGAGUUGCGCGCUGAGAGGGAGGAUAUACUUAAGCGCGAGCCGGAGGUGCAGAGAUUGCUUAAUGAGGCUGGCGAGAGGUACCGCAUGUUAAUGUCUGGGGCCGCUGAUACGAACGCAGCGAACGGUGAAGGUGGUGGUAGUGGUAGUGGUAAUGAGAAUGGGGAUGCUAUGGUGAGUGGUACUGCUACUACAGACAACGUUGUAGCUGCGCAGUCUCUCUUAAAUCAAGCGAGGAGUGGUGGUACGCCCGGACAGAGAGGGUUGGAUAGCUUAGGGACUACGCCGGUGAGGCAGAAGUCGCAAAUGGAUAUGUAAUAUGAUAGAUACAAUAUGUUAUGAUACCCAACACUUAGAAUACUACGGUAAUC